CUGUUUUCUCUUUAUUUUGCUAUAUUUGUACUAAAUUCGCUUCGAUAUAAAAAAUCAUAACCAAAAUUCAGAAGUUUAUUGAACGAUGUAUUCGAAUUGUGAACUAGAAAAUGAUUUUUCGAUACUCGAAUCAAUUAGAAGACACUUACUUGAAGAUUGGGAAGCUCCAUUAACGAGCUCUGAAAACUCAACAUCCUCAGAGUUCAGCCGGAGCAACAGCAUUGAAUCCAAUGUGUUUACUAAUUCAUUUGAUUAUACACCUGAAAUUUUUCAUAAUGAAGGAUUUGGAUUUGGAUUUGAAUUCGAGACGUCUGAUUUUGUAAUCCCUAAUGUCAAAUUGGAGUCACAAAUGUCACCUGAAAUAUGGAAUUUACCGGAAUUUGUGGCUCCGUUAGAGACGGCGGCGGAGGUGAAAGUGGAAUCACCGGUUGCGAUGAUUUCUACAACGACGAAGCCAAAGGGAAAACAUUAUAGAGGUGUGAGAGUGAGGCCGUGGGGGAAAUUCGCGGCGGAAAUUAGAGAUCCGGCGAAAAAUGGAGCAAGAGUUUGGCUCGGUACAUAUGAGACGGCGGAGGAUGCGGCAUUGGCUUACGACAAGGCGGCGUUUCGCAUGCGGGGAUCACGUGCACUGCUGAAUUUUCCGUUGAGGAUUAAUUCCGGUGAGCCGGAGCCUGUUAGAGUCGGUUCGAAGAGAUCGUCAAUGUCGCCGGAGCAUUGUUCAUCGGCGUCGUCGACGAAGAGGAGGAAGAAGGUUACUCAGGGAACCGAACAAUAAGUCCCAAAAGUGGGCCCUGUAUAGUAAUAAAAAAUAGAAUUA